GCAAACUGUGCGGCUGUCAAACUCUGCCCCUCUUGCGAACACCACACGUUCGUGCCGCGUGAAUCGUGCCGUCUCGCUCGCGCACCGCACCGAUGUGCUUCCGCAACUAACGCCAUCGUUGGAGCGAUCUUCUUUUGUCCGUGACCAUUUUGAUCACACAUCGUAAGCAAGAUCUUUUACAGAUCCGUCAGAUUAACCGUGCAUAUACAACAGCAUUGUUUGUAUAUCCAGUCAUCUGGAGGAACGGAGGAUCUCUGCCUACAACAACCCACCCCGUCGUCAUCGUCCCUGGGAGGAUAGUGCCGCGGCAGCAGCAAUCGGAAGAACUCUGCUUCGUUUUUAGCGCCAACCCCCCCGUUGUGCUCUUUUUUCUCUCUCUCUGUGUGCGAGCGUUUGAUCGUUCCCCCCCCAAAAACCCCAAUCAAUCAAAAUGACUGAAAUGGAGGACACUCACUUCGAAACCGCCGACUCCGGCGCGUCCCAGACGUUCCCGAUGCAGUGUUCCGCGCUGCGCAAAAAUGGUCACGUGAUGCUGAAGGGACGGCCCUGCAAGAUUGUGGAAAUGUCUACUUCCAAGACUGGCAAGCACGGUCACGCCAAGGUCCACAUGGUCGGAAUCGACAUCUUCACCGGCAAGAAGUAUGAAGAUAUCUGCCCGUCAACACACAACAUGGACGUCCCGAAUGUAAAGCGCGAGGACUACCAGCUGACCGACAUUGACGAUGGCUUCCUGGUGCUGAUGAGCGACAACGGCGACCUGCGUGAAGAUCUGAAGAUCCCGGACGGUGAAUUGGGUACCCAGCUGCGCUCGGAAUUCGAUUCCGGCAAAGAGAUUGUCGUAAGUAUUUGUGUAAUAGACGCAGAGAGAAAGAGAGUGAGAAUAUCCUUCGUCUCGCUCAGCGUGCUGAUGAAACUAAUCGUUCCAUCCUUUUAUUUCUCCCCCGCCAGUGCACUGUCUUGAAAUCAUGUGGCGAAGAGACUGUGAUUGCCAUUAAAAACAACACCUCAGGUGAUAAAAACUAAUACUUCGUUGCCUGUCUAAACAACAACCACAACAACAAACACAACAACAGCAGCAGCAGCAGCAGCCACAGCAGUAAAAAAGCAGUAAACGACGGUACCAGAAUCAGCCGUAGCAGCAGCAGCAGCAUCAGCAGUAGGCGCCGGCCACACAUAUUACAGCACUUUCUUAUACCACCAUCACCACAACAACAACAGCAACUACUACUACUACUACUACAACUCCUCCUGUUGCACCAAGCAGCAAGAAGAGCAACAGCAUCCACCACCACCAGCAGCUAGAAUAUAUAAAGAUAUAAAGAAGAAGGAAAAAACACAAACAAACAAAAAAACACAUUAGAAAUACCAUCUCGUCUCUGAGGUUUAAAAAAAAGAAACAAUAAAGGAAAGUUGUUAAACCGACAAAUAACAAACACAGAAAAAGAACAAGGAAGAAAACAAAAAGAAAUUGUGAAACAGAUGUGUGAAACAAUGCGGUAGCAGCAGAUAACAUCAACAAGCAGAAGAAGAAGAAGAACAACAACUGCAAAAUGCAUGAUGGCACAAGAAGAACACCAGCAACACACACAAACACAUCCAGCCAGCCAGCCCGCAUCCGCGUCCGCUCCGCCGUCACCACCACCCAUGUGUGCUGUGCACCUCUGGGGGUUUGGAAAGGAAAAACAAAACAUAGUUAUAUAACAUCGUUUCUAUAUUAAAUGGGGGAAAAAAAAUGGCGACAUUAACAACCACCAACACAACACAACUACGACGGAUUAGCCUUUUCUCCUUCUAGAGAAACUAGAGAACCACUAUUUCGUUGAGGUUGAGGUUGUGGUCUUCUUUUUACCGUUUUUGAAGACGAAUGUCGUCGAGUGUGGAUUAAUAUCGAGAGAGAGAGAGAGAGUGAGCAAAGGGAUUCAUUUACCAUCCAACUAGCGGAGGAGCGAACGCGGCUGAAGAAGAAGAAUAUAUAAUCCUCAGAAAAUGCAGAUCCCUUGCCGCGGGGGCAUACAAUUUGGUGCAAACACGACGAUAAUCGAUACCAUUAUUGCAUUUUUUUUUGUUAGUUUGUUUGUUUUUUCAAACUCUAGAGCAGAAAGAUAGAGAAAGAGAGAGAGAGAGAGAGAGGAAGAACACGUUGUAUUUGAAACUGAGAAAUGAGGAAGAAAAUACAAACCCCCCCUCCGUUUUCCACAGAGAA